GUAUGUAUCAAAGUAGUAGAUGAUACAUACCAACCCACCGUAGAAAGGAACGGCGUCAGAAAAUUUUGUGAUUGUCGCAAGGGGAAUGUUUUUCUUGUGUUCUAUUUGUUUAGAAAUUCGCGAAGUUCAUCCAAAUGAUAUUGUGUCUUAGAUAAAUCGCCGAUAUGUGAUCUGAUAUUUUUGCGAACCAUUGAGUAGUUUUAGUUGGUAUUUUUCUACUAAAAAGCGGCUUAGUAGGUUAUCCCCAUUGCUUAUUCGUCAUCAAAAAUUUUGUUGUUAUGCCAGACUUAUUUUUAGCUGCGAAAAUCGAAUAAAAGGACCUUUAAAGUGUUUUGUGUGUUAAAAACUUUAUAUUUUGUGAAUAAAAUACAAAGAUGGGUCUCAUAAUUUCAAGAUUUAGACGCAAGAAGACGACGACAGAGUUACUCGAACGACUGGAGACAGACCUGAAACGGAUAGAGAAGGAUGGCCACUACAAGGAGCAGACUCACAAGCGCGUCAUCGGCUAUGUCAUGGCGUAUUCUGUGGGCUUGUAUGUGUUGUUCGCGGUGAUGUAUUACUACAUGUACGUGGGCAGGUCGCAGUAUUGGCUGCAUUCGCUGAUGUACGCGUCGCCGUUGCUGGUGCUGCCUGUUUUAGUGAUCUUCCUCCGUGCGGUAAUCUCAUGGUACUAUAACUGGACGCUCAGCAAGAACCGACUGAAACUCACCAAAAUGAGAGAACAGAAGAAGAAAAUACUAGAGGAUGUGAUGAACACGGAGACUUACAAGGUAGCGAAAGAGAUCCUAGACAAGUACGGCAGCCCCGAGGAGCAGUCCAAGGCCCUGAAGCCGUUCACGCCGACUAUGAACGUUCCCGGUAAUCCGCCUAGUACGCCAACCCAAGCUACGCCAGGCCAGUUGAGACAGCGGCAGUUAGCGCUGCAGUCGUCGACACCGAUACCCAACAAUAUGAACAUGCUGGCAUUGAAUAACACCCCGACGCCUAUGUUCAAAGCGCCGCGACUUAGAUCUGACCAACUUCCCAGACCAUUGUUAGAUAAGAACCGCUCGGCGCUGGACCGAGUGGUGGAUUACUUGCUGAAGGACGGACCCAACCACCGCAUGGCGCUGAUAUGCAGCGAGUGUUCCUCGCACAAUGGCAUGGCGAUGGUGGAGGAGUUCGAGUACGUGUCGUACGUGUGCGCGUACUGCGGCAAGCUGAACCCGGCGCGCAAGCAGCGCCCCGCCGCGCCGCUGCUCUCCCCCGCGCGCGCGCUGCCGCCGCUCGCCGCGCGCGACCACGGUAGUGGCGACGACUCCUCUAUAGCAAGCUCGGCGAGUGACAGUGAAGAUGAGAACAAAAUCGAUGGCGAGUCUAAAAUUGGCGGUUCAGAAGGCGAGUCGGAUCGUCCCCCCUCCCCCGCGGAGGAGGAGCCGAAAUCCGACCUUGAAAAGAAACAAGACUGAACGACUUUUGUCAAUUUAGAUAAAAUCUUAAUCAUUUAUUCUUUGUGCGUUAAACAGCGAAUGAACAUUUAAAAUGAUAGUCGAUUUCCGAACAUCCUAAUACGUCAUAGGAUUUAUUUUGUCGGAAAUCGGAUCUAUCUGGUAUAACUCAAAACUACCAAAGCUCAUUUUAUGCCAGAUAAGUAUGAAUGUAUUUAUUCAAUGUUUUUAAAUUUACGUAUCCUACAUCAAAGUAGGAAAAUUGGAUUCAAAUGCGACGUUAUAUCAAUUACAAUUAAAUGUUAUUGGUGCAUGAAACAAUAUUUUUUUUAUCGACAUUGAUUGCAGACUAAUAAUUGUCUCUCAUUGGUUAUAGUGCUCGUGUACGUAAAAGUCUGAUAUCUACUGGAAUCAGGAUUUUUCAUGAUGCAUCAUUUUCGAUAUUUAUUUGCUGAGUGACCGACAAUAAUUUUUGUAUUGUCUUCAUAAAUACAUAAUACUAAUGUUCUGUUGAAUGCCAACGGACUGAUAUUCCGGGUCUCGAAUUUAAUAUCGAUAAAAAUAGUCCCCCGAAAAGUCAAGUGUUUUAUAAAUAACACUAUUUGAUAGACUUUAUCGAGUAAAUUACUUUGAUGAAAUGUAUCGAAGAUGCUAUGUUAUCGAUAUUAUUUUGUCUUUUCUCACUGCUUGUGACCAACAUUACAAGGAUUGUUUUAAAGCACAUUUCGAUUAUGCGGUAAAAUAUUUUCAUAGGGUAUCAGAAUAUCGAGACACUUGGAGAUAAUAGAUUUUUAUGUUGUCUUCGUACCCUAAAUAUCUUAUCUUUGGGAAACCACACACCUGUUUAUGCCAAUGCUUACUUUGAGCCAAGAAAUAGGCCACGAAUACGCGUUAUGAGAGAACAUCCCACGUUCCACGGUGUCGAGACCAGUGUGAUAUAAUGAUACUGCUCUUUAAAGUACAAAGUACUGUUUGAAGUACAUUGUAUUUUAAAGUGUGGGUGACAUGGCUUAUUUUCUGGCGAGCGAUAUCUCGACAUCCAUUUGUAUAAAUUGAGGUUAAUACAUAUUUUACAUUAAAAUAAAAGCCUAAGAACGCUUCUUGAUGAUUCAAGACUUUACGCUUUAAAUUUACAAUUUGUAAUGGAAUAUUUGAUUGCAACGAUAAUGUAUUCAGGUAUCAUAUUGCUAUUCAUUUGACACCUAUCGUAAGCACGUAUAGAAUAUCAAAGUGACGUCAGCAUGCCAAUUUCAUAUAAACAAUGGUUUGCAUUUUAUAAAACUAGUGACAUGUGCAAUCGAAUAUUCCAUUGUAAGGUGUGUAAGCAAUUUUUAUUAGUAUAGUCUGUCCUAGCCCUCAUCAAAUCGCUUGUGAACAUUUCCACUCUUAUUUGAUUAUUAGGCUUAUGCAGACUACCCAUAACAGAAAAUUCAAUAGCUUAUAUGCAGUGCAAUAAGUUCUUAUAAGUAAAGAAUGUCUCCCUUCCAAUUAUCGGGCUCGAAGGACCAUUUUAGAUUAGCUUUGAAUGGAAAACCUUUGAAUGGAAAAGAAAUAUAAGAUUAGCUGUCUAUUUCGAGUAAUAAUAGUUUAUACUUUGAAUGGAAAAGAAUUAUAUCAAAGGGAGAUAUGAAUUAUAGACAUCACCCAUAGCUGUCCACAAUAAGUGGAAUAUGCCCUCCACAUCCAUCGUGCCUUGCUUAAUACUACUCUGUUUUAUUCAGAGAUAAGGAAUGAUUAUUUUGUCAUCAUGAUUUUAGAUGGAAUAUUUUUGGUCCGUUAAUAUGAUGUGUAUUUUUAUUGUUUGUAAUUUUAUUCAAUUAUUUUAUCGAUAUAUGUGUAAUAGUGCUGGACGGUAUUUAUCUUGAUUUAUAUUUUUAGAUCACACCACAAUUGUUAAUCAGGCUGGUUACUUAAAAUAUUAAUUUAUUUACAUAUAUACAUACAAAAAUAUUGACCAGUUAUGCGUUGUAUAAAAUCAGACAUGCGAAAUUUAAAAAUGUACAUUUUGACAGAUAAAAUUAUUCAAGGAUUUCACGAUUUAUCUAUAUAAAUCGUGAAAUGAAAUCAGAAAUAUAAAAAAUAUAUUUAUUAAAAACUAAAUGUGAGAAAAGGUCGACUUAAUUAUUUAUUUUAACUCAGUAAUGAUCAAUAAGGCAUUCGAUAAACUAUAUCAAAUGUUGAUAGCACAAUAAGAUAUUGGCAAUCUAUACAGUUGCUCAAUAAAUGUAUUCAACACAACAAUAUUGUUGAAGUUGUUUCAUGAAAAAAUGAUAAACAAAUUUUUUUAGCAUAUAAUAUUUUUUAAACAAAAAUAUGCAUAUUGGAAUCGAACUACAUUGGUUUUGAUUUUUGUCCUAGAAAAAGGGGAUACAAAAAAUUGCCCAGAAAAUAUAUUUUUUCUAUUACCCAUUAAAAUUGAAUGUAUUGGUUGCGCGUGUAAUUAAUUUUAAUUAAUGGGCAUAUAUUUGUAAAUUUUGUUUCUUAAUAUACUUUUUUAACGCCCCAACUAUUCGGAUAUAACUAAUUUAAAUUAUCGAUUAACCUAUCUUUAGAUACAUCGAUACUAAACUUUUAUUAGUAGCACGUUUCAUGCUCGAAAAUUGAAUCACUUAUUUUGGCUUUUAUUAAAUUUUUAUACUUAGAUAAAUGGUAUUCCAUUGAUUGAAAGAUCGUGGCUAUACUGUAUAAAUAUUCUUAUAAAGUAAUUACCACACUUUGGUAGGGAGUGGGUAGGGUAAAUUACCACUUAAUUGAAAAUGAAAAGUAACAAAAUUUAAGGACUAUAUUUAGGGAAGGAAAAAAAAAAUAUCAUAAAUACCUGUUCCAUUAUUGGAGGAUUGAUGGAUACCAAAAAAUAAUAAUUAUAUAUUUGCCCUGGCUUUAUGAUGGGGCUUCUUUUGACUUUCUUAUCCUACAAUGUGAAUACCACUUUAUUCAUAAUAGCAUAAUUUUCAAAAUGGCGUCGCAAUCAACGUUACAUUCGCGCCAAAUUAUUUUUAAUUAACAUUCGUGCUACAAAGUCUUGCUUACACUCGACAUGCUAUUUCUAGUCAACAUAAAUUAUUCUUCAUUCAUUAAAAAUAUAGCAUUUAUAUCGAUUUUUGUCAUAGUUUUUGGUGUAUUGUAAAUUAAGUUUUUUUUUUUCAAGAAAUCGUUUAUUCCCUAGACAUUCCUAUUAAUUAAUGUUCUUUUUGGUUAGUUUAACAUUUUGUAGUGUUAGGACAUCUUCCGUAAUCACUCUACCGAGAAACUUGCAUAAUUAGUAUAGUUUUAGUGAUAAUUUUUGGGUCGAAUAGUGACUAAUUUGGAAUGUUGAAGUUUCGCAUUAAAAACGCAUUCAAUGUAUUUAAUAUCUACUAAUAUAUAGCUACUUAAUAAUAGUCUUCCCUUUUAUAAGCAUUAAAACUUUAAAACCUUACCCAAAUUGCCACGAGUCUGACAUUAGAGGUUUAAGAGAUCAAUGUCACUAUUUCACCCAAUCAUUUUAAUUUAGUUCUCAUAAAAUAUGUUAACGAACAAUUAUACGCUCUACUGCUUAGCUGAUAUAGUUUAGUUUUUGAUUUCAGGUAAACAAUGCGUUCUCAUUUUUAGAUUCAUACAAUUUUGUAGACAGAGGUAUAAAAUAUUUUUUUUUAUCAGACACGACAUAAAAUCAUUACAAAUUUACUUUAUUGAAGACAUUGUCUAUCUUGGUACAUGAUUUCUUCGUCGUCAGAUGACCCACUUGCACUUAUCGGACUGCAAGUUUAAAAAAGUCAUUUCAUGCGAAAUCACGUAAUUUUAAUGCUCAUGCAGCAAGUAUGCAAACAAUAUUUUUAUGCAUUAAAAUGUAUGCAUUCUAUAAAAGCCAUUUUUAUACCUCUGACAUACGAAUUGUAUUCAAAAUUAAUACAUUUUAUUUAUUCAAUUUGUAAUUAAUUAGAAUACGACCAGGUGUGUUUCAGGUUUUUGUUUUGGGGUUUUGAAAUGUCAAUUUGUAGUGAAUAAAACAGUUUAAAUUAUUUUAAUGGAUUGUUAAAAGUCGUUCAUGUGUGUAAUUCGUCAUAAAAAUUGUUGGGUUUAGGGUGGUUAGAUGCGCAUCUAGAGUUGUUUAUGUUGGGUUAAAAAUACAAAAGAUACCAUAUCCCUAUUAUUCCAUAGUUCAUUUUCGCAAAAUCAGAUAUAACACUGCAUUUAUAAUUAUCGUGGGAUUAAUGUUUUCAACUCUAGAUGUUUCAUGGAUAGUUAUUUGGUACAUACGAAAAUUCUAUAGCGAAAAAGAAUUCUCAAAUAUUGUAUAUAUGCGAGUCAAGUGAAUAGUUGUUAAAUUUGUUAUUUAUUGCUUGUAAUGUUGAUUAGCUAUUUUAUAAUGGAACUAAUAUACAAGUUAUAA